AAGUAAUCACGCAUAAAAGCUGAUCAGUAAUAGACAGCACUGAUGAAACGCAAAGAACUAUUGCCAGGCCCCCACUUCUGUUUACUUUGUUCUCCUGUGUGCAGUCGAACUCCGCCAGGAGCUGUGAUCCAUUAAUCGUAUUGUCCUUAAUCACCGGACGAAUCAGACGAGUCGAGCGCAACUUUAAAUCACUUGCUGAUCAACAGACGUUUUCUAGAUACUCUUUAGCCAGGACUAGACUUUUCUGUUUGGUAAAGUUAUACGACGAGUUUUCGCUGACAGACGAUGCUUUCAGAGACUUUAAUCAGAGGCGCACGGAUGAGGAAAAUCGCUCCAGGACCUCAGAGCAACAACUGAGCGCACAAAAUCCGUUCGCCCUCUCUAGUCUGGAGAGCAAGUGGACAGAGACCUCAGGUUUAUGUUGUUCAUUCUUCUUUAAUCUCAGGGCUUUAAGCUGAUUUCGGUUCGAUCCGCUGCCCACGCGCGCACUUCAAAGCGCGCCUCAAUGCGCGUAACUGCUUCGCGGACCCUGAGUGUGGAAGGGUUCGGUCCAGAGCGCGGUGUCCGUCCAAACUUCAGAUUAACAAGUGAACAUCCGAUCACCUUCCUCUUUCCUGUCACAGCUCUGCGAAUGGGAAUACUGGGCUAUUGUUCUCUUAUGGAUUGCGUUCUCUGUUAAUCUCACAUCGCAUCACUUCUGUUGAAUUCACUGCAUCUUGAACAGGACCAUGAUGUUUAUAAAUUUGCUUCUACGGCUGAUGUGCGUCUUUUUGAUAGGUGCUGAUGGCCAAAUGGUCCAGAUGGAGAGCAGUAAGGCAGGAUUUGUGGGUUCACAGGUGGAGUUGCCAUGUCAGUUUGUCAACAGCAACCCACCUGUAAAAAUCUCCCAGGUCACGUGGCAGAAGCUGGUCAAUGGCACCAAGCAGAACGUGGCCAUCGCCAAUCCAGCCCUGGGGGUCUCGGUGCUGAACCCCUUUAGAGAGCGUGUGCGCUUCAAGAACCCAGCCGUUCGCCAACGCACGCCAUCCCUAGAGGACACCACCAUAGUUUUCAACAGACUAAAACUGACGGACGAGUCCACCUAUAUCUGCGAGUACACAACCUUCCCAGCAGGCAACAGAGAGAACAUGGUCAAUCUCACUGUUUUUGCUCGUCCGAUGAUCCAGAUGAGUCUGUCCACACCCUCUAUAGUGGCGGGAUCCAAAGAUCUGAAGAUGACAGUUGCCACAUGUGUUUCUGCCAACGGGAAGCCAGCCAGUGUGAUCACAUGGGAAACUGAUUUAGAUGGAGAAUCCAACACCCAGGAGAUCAGCAACCCUGACGGGACUGUCACAGUGCGCAGUGAUUACUUUGUGGUUCCCAGUCGAGAAAUACACCAACAGCUGCUCACCUGCAUCUCCACGUAUAAUGAAGAACAGUACACAGACAGCGUCACGCUCAACAUUCAGUACGAACCAGAGGUGAUCAUUGAGGGCUUUGACGGAAACUGGUAUUUGAACAGAGAAAACGUUCAGCUGACCUGCUUGGCUGAUGCCAAUCCAACAAUCUCUUUGUAUCAGUGGAGAUACUUGAAUGGAACAUUGCCAAGUUCAGCAGAACUUCGAGAUGAUGUGCUGAUCUUCAAAGGUCCAGUAACUUAUGACAUUGCAGGCACAUAUGUCUGUGACGCCACCAACAGCAUUGGCUCAGGCUCUGCAUCUGUUGAGGUCAUAGUGACAGAAUUCCCUAGCUACCCGCACGAGGUGUUUCAGGAUCAGCAGCAAGCCGGUGUCGUCAUUGGUGGAGCUGUUGUUUGUGGCACAGUGCUGUUGGCUGCCGUUACGCUCCUCGUAGUGUUUUUGUAUCGCCGGAGAUGCAUGUUUAAAGGAGAUUACAGUACCAAGAAGCAAAUCCUUGGAAAUGGCUACAGCAAGGCUGGCAAUGUGCCGUCGCACCCUUCAUUACCUCACAGCCUGACCUUCUCCGAUGACUCGGAUGAAGAGAAAAAGCUGGAACUCUACAGGGGCUCCAGUAUCUUAGGAGGGAGUGUUCAGGAGUUUCACACAUGCCAUGACAGCAGGAUCAAGGCCUAUCGAACAGGACUGAUUGAGGAGCAUGAGAGAUGUGCGUUUAAUGAGCAGACUUACAUAUAUGAGUACGGAUCUGAGGUGGAGGUCUCUGUGGACAUGAUUCCUCAGAUGGACGGCUCUGUGAUCUCUAAAGAAGAGUGGUAUGUGUAGAAGUCCAGACUCUAAAAGAUCUCAGCAUGGCCCUCUUCCGCUACCUGCUCGCUUCUUGGCAUCUCCUUCGUUAAGACACUGAUUUUGGGAUCCAAACUGCUUAGAUUUAAUUGACUGAGAGAACAUUGCUAAUAUAAAAAUCCAAAAUAAUGAUGUUUGUGUGGAGGUUCACCAAUAAUUAACCAUGUUGAUGAAUUUGCAUCACAAUUUCUCUCUUUAAGAGCCAAAUGAGUUGUUAAUGACAGCCUAACAUAGAAAUAGACCAACCUAUAAUAAUGUGCAGGAAGUGGAAAAAUGGAUCUCAGAUGGUGGACAGGAGUAAUGCUUGUUUUUUAUUAUGCAUUUAUAAGUUAUUAUGCUGAAAAUAGAUGAUGUAAAUAUUUAAAUGUAAUGACAAAUUAAUUAUGAUUACAACAAAUAUUUGUGUAGCCUAUUUACACAGACACAUGACAACUACUGAAAUUAGUUGUCAAUUGUGUUAUUCAAAGUAAAGUAACAUGUUAUAGACAGUAUUUCCCCAUGCCUGCUAAAAAAAACAGCAUAAACCACCAUUAGCUUGUUAGCUGGAUUUAGCUGGUCGACCAGCCUGGUUUUGAAAGCAUUUUGGCCAUUUCCAGGCUGGUUUCAGCUAUAUCCAGCCUAGUCUUAGCUGGUCAGGCUGGGAAAUGACUAGCUAAAACGAGCUUGACCAGCUUAGCCAGACUGGGAGCCCAGCCAAAACCAGUUAUGUCUAGCUUAAAUCAGGCAGGUCAAGCUGGUUUUAGCUAGUCAUUUUCCAGCCUGACUAGCAAAUUUGGAAAUGACCAAAAUCCCUCUAAAACCAGGCUGAUCAACCAACAGCCUAGGCUGUUUUAAGCUGUUUUUUUUUUUCAGAAGGGAUGUGCUGUAGGUGCCCCCAAUGUGGUAAUUUUUUUCAUUUAAAAUCAUAAGGUGAAAUGUACUGUUACCUUAGCAACAUGCUAAUUUCACAAAAUUCUGUCUGUCUCUCAAUUCAGCACAUUUCAUGAUGAUUAGGGUGAAAAGAAAACACAAAAUUUUGUAACAUUGCUGUUAACUUAGCUACAUGCUAACUGUUACCUCUGUUUUGCUGUCCAGGGUGUCCACUGUUUUGCUAUCCUUAUUGGGUUGUCCCAAAUUGGCAACAAUAGUCAUUACAAGGUUUUCUAAAAGUGCUGUUAGCGUAGCAACAUGUUAAUUUUCAAACUGUAUUGAAAUCACUUCUCCAUCCUUAUAUAGUAGCCACAAGUAGCUCACUUUUGUAACUGGAUUCUCCUAUUUGUAGAGUUUUGUGACAUAAAUGACAUGAGUUUUGUCAUAUGAUGCUCUCCCACAUCAGUCACUUUAAGAUUAUGUUGUUAAAUCACAAGGUUUUGUACCUGUACUGCUAGCUCGUCAUGCUAAAUGCUGAUUCUACUGAAGUUGUUUGAGAAAUGAAUUCUCCUGUGAGGAUUGACUGCCAUUUAUAUACAUGAUACACGUAAGGUUUACAAAUCUUCUUAUGUCACUUUUCACAAUGACUAUGUUCAGCUGCUAUGUGUUGUAACAAUGUGGUUAACUUAACUUCAAAUACUUUCAAAAUCAGUUGUGAGUUUCAUUCUACUAUGCUAUUUAUCAGUGGUGUAGUCCUUGCUAUACGCACGUAUACUCAGCAUGUCUACUUUUUUCCACGAGCUGUUUGGGUGUUACGACUUCUGAGGAUUGUACCCUCGGUAUUCUCACUUGUUUUGGUGGUUAGACUUCCCUAAAUUUUGUGUAUUGAGUUUGAGUAUUUGAGUUUUUCGAAGAUCACAACAAAUCAGCUGAAUGAUGUCUCGCUGGAAAUGUUCAAGUAAAAUUAUAAAACAGCAUGGGCAUGGCUUUAGCCCUCCUAUAUUUCCAUUCAACCACUUUAAAACUUUUUCGAUUACCAGUAUGAACUGUACACUAACUAAAUGACCGCCUCAGUCCCCUUUAAAUUUGAUAUAAAAACGGUGGCAAAAUCACGCUCCUAAACUCGUUUUUCUGUUAGUCAGCAAACCACAGCUGUGCAGACCGUGAGCACAAGGUGUGUUUAUCAAUAGAUUGUUAGAAUAUUGCAUAUUUUUACUAUAGAAACACGUGUUUCCUUGUUUGAUAUAAAUAUCAAAUAAAACAAAGACACAUUGAAUUACGUCGUUUCUUUGCCUAUUUUAAAAUUUGGAUUGGGUGAGUAAUAGUACACCACCUUUUUAUUUUAGGACUACACCACUGCUAUUUAUGCCACAAACAGAACUACUAUUCAUCUUGGUGUACCUAAUCGGUAAAAUUUCAUGUCAUUUAACAUGUUAAAAAACAUGAUUUGUAUAGUUCUGUUAGCUUAGCAACAUGUUAAAAUCAAAUGCUAUUGAAAACAAUUGCAUGCUGUUUAUGUACUCAGCAGAGUGUUAUUUAUAUGCCGGAAAUUUAAUGUGUUCUACUGUAAAUUACAUAUUUUCUGUGACAUUUAAUUCUGACUCACUAGGUUUGGUAACAGAGCUAAUGCACUGGACAUUUGUCAGGCUGGUCUUUUUAGAUGGAUGUCAAGUUUAGAAGAAAAAACAUGUCUUGACAGGGCCGUUGUAUUGACAAAGCAGUUUCGCCUCUGGAUAGUGUUUACUCAAGAGCAAUUAAAACUGUACUAUAACCUAUUAUAUUAACUGUAAAGGUCUUACACUGUGGAUAUAAUUUUGUGCAUGAUUCAUGGAAAAGUUGCCUUGUUUUGUCAAGAUUUUUUGUUCUGAUUUGUGGAAAAAUGAGUUCCUAGCUGCUGUAAUCACAGGUUUCAUAAUACAAUAACUAUACUUCCCUGCAAUGUAAUGUCAUAUACAGUACAGUACCACCUAUAAAUAUGAACUCAGAGAAAAGCAUUAAGCAAACUGACUAUAGCAGCUUUCAGUCACAGAUUUAUUGCAUGUCUCAGUGGCUUUAAUCUAGUAUCUUGCUUAAGAAGAUUAAAUGAAGUUAUGUGGAAAUAAAUCAGAAAAUACUGUACUAUUCAAGUGCUUUGAAUCACUAUUUAAAUUAUUACUUCACUUCGUUUGUCUUUUGGCAACCCAGUGGCUCAGUGGUUAGCACUGUCACCUCACAGCAAGAAUGUUGCUGGUUCGAGUCCCGGCUGGGUC